AUGGCUAAGCAUAACAGACGCAUGAGAAAAACUCCCAUCCGUGUGCCUGUAUCUAACGUUCUACCAUUCAAUAAUGCAACCCUCAAAGUACUAUUAACGAAUGUUCACGAAUCCCCCUCUCUCAUUGCACUAGCACGAGUAUCAGUGGAAGUGGCAGAAUGCUGUAUGCACGAAUAUCGCACUAAUGUCAAUACGACUGAUGUAUUGAAAAUAGCUGAAGCCACUACCUCCAAUCAAUUACUUUGGAAGAAAGAAAGACAGUUUCGUAUAACUGGUAGUCGAUGCUAUUCUCUUUACACCUAUUCGAAGGAUAAUUGGGCUGAAAAAGCCUCUAAUUACUUCUGGCCAUGUGAAUUUUCAAAUAAGUUUGUCAAGCAUGGAUUAAAAAUGGAACCUAGAGCAAGAAUGUUAUACCAAGAGUGGAAAAAUUGUGAUGUAUUCUGUUGUGGACUCAUAAUUUCUCAGAAUAAUCCUUGGCUCGCUUAUUCUCCUGAUGGAAUCGUAAUGCAAGCCCAAAAGCCUUGUACGUUAAUAGAGAUAAAAUGUCCAUGGGAUCUGCCAGAUUUAUUACCUGAAACUUUGUUAGAAUGUUGUAAUUAUCUCAUCUAUAAGGAUAAAAGGCUUCAGUUAAAACAAAAACAUAGUUAUUAUGGUCAAGUACAAUUUGGACUUGCAUUACUGAAUCUCAAAGCAUGUGAUUUUGUUAUUUACUCCGAUAAAGUUAAUGGUAUCGCGGUAAUACCAGUAACUUACGAUGAAUCUUUCGCAACUAAUUUGUUGACAAAAUUGAAAAGUGUUUAUUUUGAAAAAAUGUUACAUGUUAUUUGUCAGAAAAAUGAACAUGACAAUUGUUGUGUGAAAAAAAUGAGAAAGUCAUGA